CUGCACCGACAGCGUAUCAAAAUCCCGUGCACCCCACCCGUACGUCACCCCACGUGGAUCUCCCUUUCCGAUUGCUCCGCUAUCAACCACACAUUCCACACCGAUGCUGACGUGGACCUAAAAACAAACCAGCACCCCAGGACAACGCUGCCGCACCAGAUAAUUACCCCAGCCGUAGCCUAACCUACACCUCUUUCCAAUCUCUCUCCUCCCCCAGACAAAACCAACGAUCUGCCGCCACGUACCCUCGAGCUCGCCUCACCACCGCUCGAUCCGUCGCGGACGACGUCGCCCUGCUCCCGUCGUGACACGUGCCGCGUCGAGUAACCGGAGACAGCCAGUGACCGAGUGGGCUGGUUACUGGUUCAGCCGGUCACUCUCCCCUCCUCCUUCCUUCCUCGCUCGCUGCAAAUCCCGCUAGGUAUAUAAUCUGGACUCUGGACCCUUUCCUCCUCUCUCUCUCUCUUCUCUGGCAGCUCUAUAAUUAUUUGUUUCCCACAAUAAAUUGAUAUUUUUACAGAGGAAGGAAGGAAGGAAAAAAAAGUAACGCUUUGGCUUUAUCCAGCUCGCCGUUUCAAGGUUAGUAGCUUGGCUUUUGGCUUCCAUCUUUCUCCUUCAUUCCUUCUUCUUCUGAUUUUGCAUAUGGAAAUUUUUAUCUGCCCUUCCAAUCAAUUCAUGCUGGGAGUGGAGCGGUUUCGGUAUAUUGAUCGAUCCAUCUGAUAGCUAGGGGGAAUUUCUUAGUCGUUUUCCAGUCAAUGAAUGAUGAUUCAGCUAAUUCUGUCGAUCGUUCCAGUUUAGAGCUGCGAAUUGGUUACUGAAUUAGGUUUCUCCUGGUCGAUUCGAAGUUCUCGUAGUGCCUGCAGUUUUUUUCUUUUUGGGUGUUCUCUUUCUCUUCCUGGUUUGCUUGUUUUUUUUUUUUUUUUCUAUUUGUAUGGUGGGUUUUGGAUUGAGUUUGGACCGACUCUUGGUCUUUUGUAAUGUGUGUGAUUGAGGGGAAGGCGAGCUUGAUUUCCUUUUACUGGACAGAUUCCUUGAGCGUUUUUUUUGUUGUUGUUGUUGCUGGUGUGCUAUUUGGUUUGGGAAUUUGGGGUUCAAGGGGAUGUUUGGUUAGUGUCUUUGUGGGAUAGGUUAGCUGUUUGAAAAGUUAGGGGUUUUGUAGGACUAUGCAAUCGAUUCAUUGGGGGAAGUUCAAUUUCUGGAAAGGCUAGGUUCUUUUCUUUUUUUUGUUGUUGUUGUUGUUGGUGAGUAUAUAUUCUUCUCGCCGUGGUUGCUAAUGCAAGUUAUUUGCUUUUGUUUCGUUCUACUUUCCUUAGAUCUCUUCAAUCAGCAAAUUGUAGAAAGCUCAAACAGAUCACGAAAACUUGCUCCUCUCUUUUCCGUCCACACAAGGGCUUGUAGAAAUUGGCCAAAAAAUAUUACCAGUGAUGAGUGGCCCAAUCUGUGCAGUUGGAUUCGGAAUUUUGACUCUUAUUUUGUGGUGAACAAAUUUAGGGGUCUCGUGUGUGUUUGUGAUAUUGAGCUCAUUGAACAUAUUUCAGGCCCUGGCUCUGGAGAGCUACUUAGACUCCAGCCACCAGGGAGGAGUGCCUUCCAUGGCACCAACUCGUGUGGCUGGAGGGUUAGCCCAAUCAUCCUCAAGUUCUGGAAUUUUCUUUCAGGGGGAUGGGCACUCCCAGGCUGUAGCUAACUCUCACUUAACCUCAUCAUUUGGGAACUCAUCCAGUUCGAUUCCUGGGACCGGGCGUCCCAACCUCGUUCCAGUGUCUGGGGAUAUGAAUAAUGCUGUUUUAAACAGUGUGGCAAAUUCUGGGCCAAGUGUUGGGGCAAGUUCAUUGGUGACUGAUGCGAAUUCGGGAUUCUCUGGAGGAGGCCCUCGCUUGCAGAGAAGUGCCAGCAUUAACACAGAGUCAUACAUGCGCUUGCCAGCUUCCCCUAUGUCAUUUUCUUCCAAUAACAUAAGCAUCUCUGGGUCUUCAGUUAUCGAUGGUUCCUCGGUAGUGCAGCAAGGGAAUCACCAAGAGUCUAGCGCACCACAGCAGCAGCAAACUCAGCAGCAGCAACAACAUGGGGCUUCAAGCGCUACCUCUUUACCCACAUCACAACCUGUGCAAAUGUCACUUCCAAUGGGUGGACGUGCUCCUGGAUCUUAUCUUCAAGAACCUAAUAUAUCACAGUUGCAAAAGAAACCCCGGUUAGAUAUCAAGCAGGAAGAUAUUCUGCAGCAGCAGGUGUUGCAACAGAUGCUGCAGAGGCAAGACCCCAUGCAGAUGCAAGCACGUAACCCACAGCUACAAUCACUGCUUCAGCAGCAGCGACUGAGGCAGCAGCAGCAGCAGAUUCUCCAAUCUAUGCCACCGAUGCAGAGAGCCCAAUUUCAGCAACAGCAGCAACUGCAGUUGAGGCAGCAGCAAAUGCAACCACAACACCACCACCUACAGCAACAACAGGCCCUGCAGCCGGCAUCUGUUCCUGUUAAGCGUCCCUAUGACGGGGGUGUGUGCGCUCGACGGAUGAUGCAGUAUCUGUAUCAUCAGCGACAGAGGCCAGCUGAGAAUACUAUUGCAUAUUGGAGGAAAUUUGUAGCGGAGUACUAUUCCCCUCGAGCAAAGAAGCGGUGGUGCUUGUCAUUAUAUGAUAAUGUUGGGCAUCAUGCACUAGGGGUAUUUCCCCAAGCAGCAAUGGAGGCAUGGCAGUGCGACAUCUGUGGUUCAAAGUCAGGAAGAGGAUUUGAGGCAACUUUUGAAGUGCUACCUCGACUUAAUGAAAUCAAGUUUGGCAGCGGUGUCAUCGACGAACUUCUGUUUUUGGACCUGCCUCGUGAAUGUAGAUUCUCUUCUGGAAUAAUGAUGCUGGAGUAUGGCAAAGCAGUUCAGGAGAGUGUAUAUGAGCAACUUCGUGUUGUUCGUGAGGGUCAGCUUCGUGUUAUAUUUACCCACGAUUUGAAGAUAUUGUCCUGGGAAUUCUGUGCACGGCGCCAUGAAGAACUGCUUCCUCGUAGAGUGGUAGCUCCUCAGGUAAAUCAGCUGGUACAGGUUGCACAGAAAUGUCAGACCACUAUUUCUGAAAGUGGACCAGAUGGAGUUUCACAGCAGGAUCUCCAAACAAGUAGUAAUAUGGUCCUGACAGCUGGACGUCAGCUUGCUAAGAGUUUGGAGUUGCAGUCUCUGAAUGAUUUGGGAUUCUCCAAAAGAUAUGUUAGAUGUUUGCAGAUCUCCGAGGUAGUCAAUAGCAUGAAGGAUUUGAUUGAUUUCUGUCGCGAACAAAAAGCUGGGCCAAUUGAGAGUCUAAAAGUUUACCCUCGACAUAAUAACUCCGUAGCCAAGCUCCAGAUGCAGAAGAUGCAAGAAAUGGAGCAGCUGGCAAGCUCUCAGGGUUUACCCACUGACCGGAACACCCUCAAUAAGCUGAUGGCAUUGCAUCCCUCCGCCGGAAUAAACAAUGCCAUGAACAGCAGCAACAACAACAACAACAAUCACCACUUGGUUAAUCGAGGAGCGCCAGCUCUAAGUGGUUCGGCCCAGGCUGCAUUGGCUCUUUCCAACUACCAAAAUCUUCUCAUGAGGCAAAACUCCAUGAACUCAAACUCCAGCUCGCUUCAACAUGAGCCUCCAUCAUCUUCCUUCAACAAUAAUUCCACCCCAAGUCCAUCUUCCAACUUUCAAAGCCCCGGUGGUUUCCCACCAGGAGGACCCAUGCAUAACAUAUAUCAACAACAACAACAACAACAACAACAGCAGCGUUCAUCAAGUUCUAAUAAUUUGCUCCAACAAAACCAUCAUCAACAGAGCCCACAGGGCAGCAAUCAGGCCUUGGAACAACAGAUGCUACAUCAACUAUUGCAGGAGAUGUCAAAUAACAGCAGCGCAGGAGCUCAUCAGCAGCGUUCGGUUUCUGCACAGAAUGGGAAUGGUGGUCCCGCAGGAAGGAACAGUGUGGGACCUGCAAUGUCUGGAGGUGGGCCUGCUGCAAGCCGGAGCAACAGUUUCAAAGCUGCUGCUGCUGUUUCAACCAGUGAUUCGUCUGCUGGUGGUGGGGGUGGCGGCGGCAACGGCGGUGGGUAUAAUAGCAAUAACAAUCAAAAGGUUGGGGAUUCGCCUAGUCAGAAUUUGCAGCAGCUGCAGGAUGACAUGCAAGAUAUCGCAGCCGAGUUUUCGGAUAGUGGGUUCUUUAACAGUGACCUUGGCGAUACCAUGGGCUAUGACUGGAAAGCAUAAUAACCCAAUUCUGGUUUAGCUCUUAGCUUAGCUGUUUGGUUUUUAAUUGAAUGAGUUUUUUUGGACAUCAUACAGUUGUACAGAAUUGCUAUUAGCCUCUUUCCCCUGAACCGUUUGUGCCGACUUUGAAGGGAUCAAAAGUAUUGUGCUUUACUAGGUAAUUGCUGCCAUUACCCUGUGUUUCGGAUCGUGCAAUUGUAAU